ACAAACUCUGAGAGAUGAUAAUGAUAGGAUUGAGGAGACAAGAGUAGCAUUCGAUUGAUUUAAAACUCUUUACCAAUUAGAGGAAGAAGGAGAGAUAGAGAGAAAAGCCGGGACGUGUCGUUUACUUGUGCUGCUGAGAUUCUAACAAAUGACAAAGAGGAUUUACGUAAGAUCUUCUACUAUCUAACCAUAGAUCUCUCUAUCUAUCAAAAGAAAACAAGAAUCCACGCAGCAAGAAGAGAAAGAGUACGUACUGUACCAAGUUAUGCUUUUAAUAACUCCAUAUCCGAGACUUGUGUCUCCGUUAAUAGCUACCAAUUCUACUCCUGAAUCAUCAUUCACAAGAAGAGCCAGAGCUUCUUCCUCUUCUUCAUGUUCCUCUUAUCCAUGGCUGUUCCUGAAACCUAACCGUAGAUUCAAUGGCUUCAAGCUCAAGUCAGCUACAGUUCCGGGAGAUGUUGAAUCUGGAAGUUUGGUCAAAGGGCUGAAGCUAGGAGGCAUGUUCGGAGUUUGGUAUCUUCUCAAUAUCUACUACAACAUCUUCAACAAACAGGUACUUAGGGUUUAUCCAUAUCCAGCAACUGUAACAGCAUUUCAGCUAGGGUGUGGAACGUUGAUGAUAUCAAUAAUGUGGCUCCUCAAACUCCAUCCUCGCCCAAAAGUUUCUCCCUCUCAGUUUCCGGCGAUAUUACGGCUAGCAGCAGCUCACACAUUAGGAAACUUGUUAACGAAUGUGAGCUUGGGAAGAGUAAACGUCUCUUUCACCCACACAAUCAAAGCAAUGGAGCCUUUCUUCACCGUCUUGUUCUCUGUUCUCUUGCUCGGCGAGUGGCCGAGUUUAUGGAUUGUCUGUUCGUUGCUACCAAUAGUCGCUGGAGUUUCUUUAGCAUCUUUCACAGAAGCUUCUUUUAAUUGGAUUGGUUUCUGCAGCGCAAUGGCAUCUAAUGUAACGAACCAAUCACGCAACGUUCUCAGUAAAAAAUUCAUGGUUGAAAAGGAAGCUUUGGACAACAUCAACCUUUUCUCUAUAAUAACCAUUAUCUCCUUUGUCUUAUUGGUUCCUGUAGCAAUCCUCAUUGAUGGGUUUAAGUUUACUCCCUCACAGUUACAACUAGCUACAAGUCAGGGUUUGUCUGCAAAAGAGUUUUGCAUCAUGUCUCUCCUUGCUGGUGUUUGCUUGCAUAGCUACCAACAGGUAUCGUAUAUGAUCUUAGAGAUGGUGUCACCAGUGACACACUCUGUUGGGAACUGCGUGAAGCGUGUGGUGGUUAUAGGAUCAUCCAUUCUUUUCUUCAAAACUCCAGUCUCGCCUCUUAACUCCAUAGGUACGGCCACUGCACUAGCUGGAGUUUACUUGUACACCAGAGCCAAGAGAGUCAAUCCAAACCCAAAUUCAAAAACUUCCUGAAGUUACCUUUUUCUGGAAUUUGAACUUCUUACCUGUAAAUAAGAAAUUAUAGAAGCUCUUUCAAUUUUUAUUUAUAUGAUGGUUUUUUUGUUACAUGAGUGAUAUUCGGUUACUUAAGCUUGAAGAUAUUUUUUUAAGUAUCUGAAAUAGAUAAUUAACAAGAA